AUGAAGAAAGCCGAAACCAGAAAUCGUACGCAGCGUGAAUCAACGGGAAGAGCGGCAUCGACGUUGCUCGAAUUUGUCAAAAGUGUCCCUUUAGUAGUUUUUAGCUCAAUGAAAACUGACUACUUCGCCUUAACUACUGGCCGAAACGGUUCACGUGCCGAAACGCCUGGCUUAGAAAAUUCUGAUCUACGCGAACUCAAAUUUACGACCAAUUCGAAGAAGUUUACGAGCAGUGAGUUCUCGGCAGAUACGGAUCGUUCGAAAGGUCUCCUGAACAAGCUGACCGAACAGUUGCAGCUGUGCUUUCUCAAUCUAGAGAAGUUGUACCUUUACAAAGAGGCGUUCUCAAUGCCAAAUGCUGCUGAAAAACCUGAGCUCAUCCAUUAG